GUCACGUGCAUGUCACUCCAGAAAUCGCUGCCGUCCUGAAGCCGUUCUGAGCCACUAGUUUUUGCUGCUCACUAUGUUUGAGAAGUCUAUGCACGAUCUUGUGCGUGGUAUUCGAAACAACAGACAGAAUGAGGCACGAUAUAUUGCCACAUGUAUUGAUGAAAUCAAGAGAGAGCUAAAGCAAGAGAACAUGAACGUGAAAGCAAACGCCGUGGCAAAACUUCUUUAUCUUCAAAUGUUAGGAUAUGAUAUUAGCUGGGCGGCAUUCAACGUCAUUGAGGUGAUGAGCUCGCAGAAAUUUACGCAUAAGCGUAUCGGAUAUUUGUGUGCGACUCAAUCAUUUCAUGAAGAGACAGAUGUUCUCAUGUUGACAACCAACAUGAUAAAAAAGGACAUGUCAAGUCAGAGUCAAUAUGAGGCAGCAGUUGCUCUUAAUGGCUUGAGUUGCUUUAUCACUAGCGAUCUUGCAAGAGAUCUAGCUAAUGAUCUCAUGUCACUGUUGGCAGCAAUAAGGCCUUAUGUGAAGAAGCACGCUAUUCUAGUUAUGUAUAAGGUCUUCCUCAACUUUCCUGAUGCAUUGAGACCAGCAUUUGCAAGGCUCAAAGAUAGACUGGAAGAUGCAGACGCUGGUGUUCAAUCAGCUGCAGUUAAUGUAAUCUGUGAGUUGGCUCGAAAAAAUCCUCGAAACUACUUGUCUCUUGCUCCUGUUUUUUUCAAAUUGAUGAGCAGCUCUACAAAUAACUGGAUGCUUAUCAAGAUCAUCAAAUUGUUUGGAGCUCUGGCUCCACUAGAGCCUCGUUUGGGAAAGAAAUUAACUGAGCCACUAACCAAUCUUAUUCAUUCAACAUCAGCUAUGUCUCUCUUAUACGAAUGUGUCAAUACAAUGAUAGCUGCAGUUCCUAGCCACACUGCAUCUAUGCAGUUGUGUGUGACAAAGCUGCGCGUAAUGAUUGAAGAUCCAGAUCAGAACUUGAAAUAUUUGGGAUUGUUGUCUUUGGGGAGAAUAUUGAAAUAUCAUCCAAAGGUUGUACAAGCACACAAAGAUAUGAUUCUGAAAUGUCUAGAGGAUAAGGAUGAGUCUAUCCGCUUACGGUGUCUAGAUCUAAUCUAUGGCAUGGUCAGUAGGAAGAAUCUAACCGAAAUCAUCAAGAAACUUAUGGUUCAUGUUGACCAUGCAGAAGGAGCAGCUUAUCGUGAUGAGUUAGUUUGUAAGAUCACAGAAAUCUGUUCACAAAACAACUACCAAUUUGUCACUAACUUUGAAUGGUAUGUCACGGUGUUAGUGGAGCUGACAAAAGUAGAGGGAACUCGUCAUGGUCGUCUUUUAGCAGAUCAAAUGUUGGAUGUUGCAAUUAGAGUCAAAACUGUUCGACCAUUUGCCGUCAAACAGAUGGCAGUUCUAUUGGACAAUUUGCAUCUGCUGAGUCGUAAUCCUGGGCAACAGGGAGCGUGUGAGGUGCUCUAUGCUGCUGCCUGGGUUUGUGGUGAAUUUUCAGAAUAUUUGGAUGAUCCUCGCUCAACAUUGGAAUGUAUGUUGAGAUCAAGAGUGACAACCCUGCCACCUUACGUUCAGAGUGUGUUUAUUCACAAUGUUAUCAAAUUAUACUCUCAUAUGCUUAGCCAAGCAGAACAAAAGGGGGAUGAUGAUGCUGGAGAUUUUGAAGAUCUUAGAGAAAAAAUCAAAGAGAAGCUGGUUGUGUUCGUUGGUUCUGCUGACUUGGAAGUUCAAGAGAGAGCAUCAUGUGCAAUCCAACUUCUCAAGUACCUAAAUAAACUCCAAGAGAAAGAUGUGAAUGGUGUAGCAGAACUUGCUGCUCUGUUUGUUGGAGAACUUAAUCCUGUAGCACCAAAGGCUCAACGGAAAGUGCCAGUACCAGAAGGUCUUGAUCUUGACAAGUGGAUCAAUGAUCCUCCAUCAGAAAGUGAAGAGGAAAGUUUCAGUAUGGAGAAAGCUUUUUUUGGAAAUGAUGUUGAGCCAAAGAGAAGACACAGAACUAAAGAAGAAGAAGAGGAAGAAGAAGGAGAAAUGCAGAAGAGAAGGGAAGCUAGGCGUCAAGCUCAACUCAGUAACCCUCAUUAUUUGCAAGCAGCUCCAAAGAAGUCAACAACAGAGAUUGAGGAAAUUCCAGUGACAGCAUUGACCUUGGACAUUCCUUUGAGAAUCUCAAACCUGGGAAUAGAAGAUAAGAAAUCUAAGAAAAAGAGAGGCAAGAAGCACAGGAAAGGAAAGAGACAUGGAAAUGAAAGUAGUGAAGAAGAGAUACAGCCAACUAAACACAGAGUAGAAAUACGAACAGAAGAACUGCCUGAUGGAGCAGUGUCAACUGGAGACGAAGACACAGUUGCCAAGCAGGGUGAAGAUCCUCAUAAAGCAUUAAACAUUGAUUUAGACCGACCUCUUGAUGCUGAUGAAGUGUUGCCAGUUAGACAGCAUAGAGUAGUAACAGGAGAAAAAGAAGACGUGGAACAGAAGGAUGGUGAGGCAGAGGGAAAGACAAAAGAAAGAAGGAAGAAGAAGAAAGACAAGGAGAAGGAAAGGAAGAGAAAUGAAAGGAAACACAGGAAGAAGAGGACAAAGGGAGCAGACCCCGAAAAUGACAAUGCUGCUGCUGUGGUUGAAAAUGAGGAUACUGCAGAACCUGUUGUUGACAUGGUUAAUGCAGUUAACGAAACAGUAGCAACAAGUGAUUCUAAGCCUACACCAGUUAGUGGACAGCAACUAUUAGAAGUUGAUGACCUCGACUUUUGGUUGUCACAGUCUGAUGCUCCUGUAACUGCAUCUGCAACCACAGCAGAGCCUACUGUAGAUCAGAAAAGCAAAGAAGAUGGUGUGGAGGUUGUUGUCAAAAAUGAGGAGGUCGUGUCAAAGAGCAGACACAAAAGAGGAAAAAAGGAAAAAAGAGAUAAAAAGAAAAAUCUGAAGAGGUCAGAAGUACAGGAAGAUCCAGUUGUAGAAGAGAAACAAGAAGAGGCAGAAGCAGUGGAUGAACCAGAACCAGUGAUUGUUAUGACUUAUCUACCUCUUGCUGCUGACAAGCAUGUUGACCUUACGUAUGAACUGAGAGUCAAUCCAUCUAUUAACAAUCAAGUUGUAGCAUCUGUAGUUUUCAAAAAUCUGAGUGAUGGACAGCUGAUGAACAUGGAUUUCAAUGUGUUGGAUUCGUUGAACACAAAGAUGGUAAGGCCAAUUGGAAGUCCUGCUCAUGAUGGCAUUCGUGUUCCUUUCCAACUACCACAAGGCAUUGCCAAUGAGUCACAAUUUGCAUUUACAGUUGACAGUAUUUUGAUGCCACAGAAACUGAGAGGAACUCUGACAUACAUGAUCAAGAGAACUGAUGGUGCAACAAGCGAAAAGCUUGACUUUAAACUCAGCUUGCCAUGUUGUGCAUUUGUUAUUCCUGUUCCUUGUGAUGGCAAGCAGUUUUCAGAUCUGUUGAGUGGAGGAUUGUUGUGUGAAGCUCAAACAGUCAAGUUGAGUCCUACUAAAACGUCAAAGUUUGGACAAACACUUUGCCACAUAUGCUCUCUUCUUCAUCUCUCUGUUGUCGAAAGGGUUGAAGAGAGUGCAUCUCUGUAUGGAUCUUCCAUACAGAAACAUCACAUUUGUCUUCUUGUCAAGUCAGCGGAGGAAGGUAAAGUGUCUGUAAGUGCAAAGAGCAGUGACUCGUCAUUUAUUGCUCACUUGUUAACAGAACUCAAAUCUGAACUGUAGCUGUUUCUACAUAUUGUAUGUUUAUGUCGUAGUUACCAAUUGCUAAUCAAUUUAUUUCUUGGUUC